UUACCUCGAACAAUAUUCUGGAAUUUUUAGAAAAUACAAUAUAAAACAGACUUUUCUAGAUAAAACAGGUUUCUGCUGUGAUAGAGCCUGAGAAGAUGGCAAUGUUGGUGUUCUUAGUGGUUCUUCUUCCAGCUGUAUUUGGAAGUGACUGUAAAUUCAGGCCAGUCGACUGCUCUGACGUCUACAACUCAGGACAGACGGCCAGCGGGAUCUACUCCAUCUAUCCUGCAGGAGAUGUUCCUGUCUGGGUUCACUGUGACAUGAUCUCAGAUGGGAAAGAUGAAGAUAAAGGAGGAUGGACGGUGAUUCAGAGGAGAAUGGAUGGCAGCGUGAAUUUCUAUCGGCCGUGGAAUCAGUACAAGAGAGGAUUUGGGAAUAUAGAGAGUGAAUACUGGCUGGGGCUGGAGAACAUGUAUCAGCUGACACGAAACAGGAAGUACAUGCUGAGAGUGGAUCUGGAGGACUUUGAAGGAAGGAAGGGUUUUGCUCAGUACUCGUCUUUCUCUGUGGAUUGUGAAUGUUCUGGAUAUAAACUACAUGUUUCAGGGUUCACUGAUGGAGGAGCAGGUGACUCUUUGACCCAACAUAACGAUAUGAAGUUCACAACCUUUGAUAACGACCAGGACAAUGACCCUGGUAACUGUGCCAAACAGUAUCUCGGGGGAUUCUGGUACAAUAACUGUCACGUAACAAAUCCCACCGGUGUGUAUUUGUGGGGAGAAGAUGCCACACACUUUGCCGUCGGUGUUGUUUGGCACACCUGGAAAAUGAACUAUGACGUCAGUAUGAAGUCUAUCAGCAUCAAGAUCAAAAGUGUUUUCUGGUAACAUUAGCGUUUCCUGGAGCAAAAGUAUGCUGUAUACAAAAACAUGAGGAGUCUUCCACUAGUCACGCCAUUCGCAAACCCUUUGUGUUUGUUAUUAUUAUUUAUUUUCAGAAAGCAUCACAGUCUGAACAGACAGAUGCUAAUGACACUUGAAGGAACUGAUUUUAUGAUCGUGUUUUCUCCUUGUUUUUGAAUGUGAGCAGAUUCUUGUUUGGGAAAGAGUUCUGUUCUAGUAAAUCAUAUUUAAGUUCUGUAAAGCUGCACGUCAUAUCACCGAGCUUCCACACACCUUUCAGUCAGAACUCAUUAAAUGCUCCCUAUUUAUUUUCAAAUAACAUUCAUGUAACAUG